GUGAGAGAGAGAGAGAGAGAGAGAGAGAGAGAGAGAGAGAGAGAGCCCAGCCCACUUGUUCAAAACCAUUUACCUCGUGCAUAGUGAGCAGUCCCAGAGCUCUUCACUGCUUCCCAAGGGCUCGUCCACAAGACGCCUGCCUUUGCCAUCCAAACUUCUCAGAGACCCAGAAGCAGGAGAGAGAUAGAGAAAGAGAGAGGGAGAGAACGAGAAAAACACCUACAAGUGAAGCAACCGGCAGAACUAUUCAUCCUCUUCAGUCAUCACCUCUCUUCACAGCAGCUUAUUUUAUCCAAAAGGAUACCCUUUUUUAAAAAGCCUUUCCUUGAAUUUAGUAAGUCUAACUUUUUUUUUUCCAAACCUGUCAGACUGAAGACAUCCACAGGUAGUUCUUGGAGGAACAUUUUGCUCAGGAGGAAAACUUUCUUCUUUUCUUCUUUUAGUUAGUUAGACUGCUGUGGACAAUUUGCAUCAUUUCUGCUCCAAGGAUGACGCUACUGCCUGCUACGAGUGUCACCCUGCUGCUCCUGGCUCACUGCUAUUCUCUUAACGCCAUGGCCACCUCAGGCACCUUGGCAUCCUCGCCCUCUUCACCAUCUGACUGCCCUUCUUGUGCCAUGGCAAGGCUGCGAAGGAGUGGCACCGAGGCACUGUUGGAGGAGGAGGAGGCACAGCAGGAUGUGGUGGAGGCGGUGAAGAGGCACAUCCUCAGCAUGCUGCACCUGCAGGACCGGCCCAACAUCACACAUCCAGUGCCCCGCGCUGCCCUGCUCAAUGCCAUCCGCAAGGUCCACGUGGGCCGCGUUGCCAAGGACGGCAGCGUACUGAUCGACGAUGAACCUCACAGACGCCUCGAGGCCGAGAACAGUGAGCAGACUGAAAUUAUCACCUUCGCUGAAGCUGGUGAAUCUUCAGGUUUAAUCAACUUUCUCAUCUCUAAAGAGGGUUAUGAGAUGUCUGUGGUGGAGCAGGCCAACGUCUGGAUUUUCCUCCGUCUUCCGAAGGGCAAUCGCACCCGCACAAGCGUAACCAUUCGGCUGUUCCUGCAGCAGUCCGGCUCUGGAGAAAAGCUGGUGGCUGAGAAAACAGUUGACACCCGACGCAGCGGCUGGCACACUUUCCCUGUGGCGUCUAGUAUGCAGUCUCUGCUGGAAAGGGGCAUAAAUGCACUGAACCUGCGCAUCUCGUGCCCGUCCUGCGGCGAUGCUCGCGUGACACCAGUCCUGGUGACUCCAGGAGGAAGAGGAGGAGAGCGAGAACAGUCUCACCGGCCCUUUCUGAUGGCUGUGGUGCGUCAAAUGGAGGACAACGGGCCAAGACGGCGCCGCAAGCGUGGCCUGGAAUGCGACGGCAAGGUACGUGUGUGCUGCAAGCGUCAGUUCUAUGUCAACUUUAAAGACAUUGGUUGGAACGACUGGAUCAUUGCGCCAACAGGCUACCACGCCAACUACUGUGAGGGCGAGUGCCCGAGCCAUGUGGCUAGCAUCACGGGCUCAGCACUUUCCUUCCACUCCACUGUUAUCAACCACUACCGCAUGAGAGGGUACAGCCCUUUCACUAACAUCAGGUCGUGCUGUGUCCCCACUCGCCUUCGCGACAUGUCUAUGCUCUACUACAACGAGGAGCAGAAGAUUGUCAAGAAGGACAUCCAACACAUGAUCGUGGAGGAGUGUGGCUGCUCGUAAGAGAAAAAGAUAUGCAAGGACAAGGAAAAGAGCAGGGAAGGACAUGAAAAAAAAAAGGCUGAGUAUGGCUUACAGGUCAGGGUGGGGAGGGAACAGGGACCAGUUCCUCUAACAAUAUGGAUUUGGGCAAAAAGAAAAAAGGAGUGAGGUGAAAGGGAUGAGGGAAAGAGCUUGAAUGAGCUCCGUCAAUCUCUCUCUCACACUCUGAAAUCCUAUACAACGACGGGCCUCUCUCUCGACACAGUGGCUGCUUGAACUUGGCUGUCUGAAAAUCCAGGGGAUAUCAGUUUCUGUGGCACUUUCAGAAAAAAAGAAUAUAUAUAAUAUAUUUUUGCUAGAAAAGCUGAGGGAAAGGGGUGAGAUGAUAUUUAUGCGAGCGAGAGUGCAGUGCGGUCGCUCCGAACAUGCCCCGCAUAAGGGAGUGACCAUGAUGAUGAGGUGCCUGAAAAAGCAAAUCUCAAAACUAUGCAACUUGUCAAGUAUUAAGAUUUAUUUUUCAUCAAUGUGUUGUUUGGUUAACUAUUUACUUUUACAAACUUAAAAAAAAAAAGGAAGUUGACUUUUUAUACUUUUUUGAAAGUAUAUUUGAUGUCUUAUCCAUGUUUGUACGUGUAUAUGUACGUGUAUGUGCGUGCUUGUGUGUGUGUGUGUGUGUAUGAGUGUGUGUGUGUGUGUUGAGAGAUACUUGAAAGAAGUUUGACGGGCUGCUGGAACCAAACCUUUCUGUUUUAUUAUUAUUAUUAUUAUUAUUAUUAUUAUUAUUAUUAUUAUUAUUAUUAUUAUUAUUAUUAUUCUAAUUAAUAUAAGUUUAUGUUUAUAAUGCUAAUAUUUUCCUUUCCUUUUUAUCUAUUUUUAAAAUGAGACGUUUCGAACGUUUACAGUUUGCACUAUACCAUCAGCAUAUCCACAUAUACAAAUGGUAUUUAGCCGGAAGACACAAAGCACUUCAAAAUGGACAAAAUUUCAAUAAAGUGAGUUUGACCAGGUGAGGAAAAGUGAGAAACGAGGAACAGACAAAAACCUGGACACAUCUGCAUAGAGUUUUUUCAAUAAUUAAACACCAAAGACUUUAAGUUAGUUACUUUAAUUAUUAUUGUUUUUUUUUAAUACAUAUAGUUUUUUUCCCAGAACAAUAUUUCACUAAGUUGUCCAGGUCAAACCCAAGCAAAUGCCCUGAAUAACUGAUCCAUCCCAUAAUAAUUCUCAAUAUUUUGUGCUUACUUUUUGUUUGUUUUGCACUGCUGCACUCUCCAUGUGUGUUUAAUGGUCUAAAUGUUAAACACAGCACUUAAACCGACAAUUAUGAGUUCUCUUCUUGCUUUUUUUUUUUUUUUUUUUUUUUAAUGAAAAUGAAUGUGCAGCGUUGAUAUUUAAAGAAAAAAAAUUGGGAGAUGAAUUGCUGAAUGAUCUGUUAAGGUAUUUAUAAAAUAAUUCACCAAAUAUUGGAAUGACCCUGUAUGGCCCAAACAAUGUCACCAUUUUGUUUUUACAGAUGUAUUUUUCUUUUAAAAACAGGUUAAUGCAAUGUUUAAAAAAAAAGUAAACCAAUUACUUAGUAAAAAAAAAAUUCGUAUUACAAUACAAAAGCUUAUUGUCAGGAUCUGUGUGAAUGCAUACAAAAAAUAACAAUAAGAAAAUAGAUAAAUAAAAAACGUGAAAAAUGUCAAAUCUAAAAAAAAAUUAUAUGUGGUAUAUGUUUUUGUUUUUCUUCAUGCAGACAAAAAAUGACACUGAAAGAAGUGGAUUAAGACUAAAAAGUAUAUAUAUAUAUUUUUAUUCUGUAUAUAUGGAAAUAAAAAUACCAAUAUGUUGCAUUGCUUUGUUGUACAAAAUGUGCUUGUGUUUUUUUUAACCUAAUUUAUUUUACAGUAUUUUCCCUAUUUUUUUGCUUCACCAUUAAAGUUACAAGGUUGUACACUAAAA